CUCCCCCACCGGCGCCGGCCCGCGUCCCGCACGCCCCCGGGGGCCUCCGGCCAUCGCCGCGGGGACACACCCGGGGGAGGAGCCGCCUGCUCCGGGCGCAGCGCCGGCCGGCCGCGCGCUCGGCACCUGCCCGCCCGGGGACCGACAUGGCCCAGCAGCCUCUGUCCCGCGCGCUGGAGCCCGAGCACGUCCAGCGGCUGCUGCUCUGCUCCCGGGAGGCCAAGAAGUCGGCCUACUGCCCCUACAGCCGCUUCCCCGUGGGCGCCGCCCUGCUCACGGGCGACGGCAGGAUCUUCUCGGGGUGCAACAUAGAAAAUGCCUGCUACCCACUGGGCGUCUGUGCUGAGAGGACCGCCAUCCAGAAGGCCAUCUCCGAAGGGUACCAGGAGUUCAGGGCCAUUGCCAUUGCCAGUGACUUGGAAGAUGACUUCAUCUCGCCAUGUGGGGCCUGCCGCCAAGUCAUGAGAGAGUUUGGCACCAACUGGGCCGUGUACAUGACCAAGCCGGAUGGCACGUAUGUGGUCAGGACGGUCCAGGAGCUGCUGCCUGCCUCCUUUGGGCCCGAAGACCUGCAGAAGAUCCAGUGAAGGCCCGAGAACUGCCAGCGCCUGGGACCGCCUGGGUCGCCGAGAGCUUAAGGGGACAGCGCCUGCAGGACUCCGUAAAGACGGCCUCGCUGGCUUGAGGACACUGCCAGCCGGGUCCCAGCCCUGCGGGGCUGGGCAGGGUGACUUCUGGCCUGGGGGUCUUCUGCCGGAGUGACCGAGAGGCCCUCCCCAGCCUGGGCCAGCGCCUCCCUCGCACCCACCUUGUCCCCGCUGGGACUCGGGGCACCUUCAUUCCCUCUAUCCCACCCUCCCUGUGGACACUUUACAAAUUCCAGAUGGGGACGGAAUUCCAGCAGCUUAAGCCCCACUCGUGAUGCCUACUCCCAUAUCGGAACUCGGGUUCAAGUCCUGGCUGCUCCACUUCCCAUCCAGCUUCCUGUUAAUGUGCCUGGGAAAGCAACAGAGGAUGGCCCAAGUGCUUGAGGCCCUGCACCCACAUGGGAGACUGGGAUGAAGCUCCUGGACCCUGGCUUCGGCCUGGAGCUGCAGCCAUCUGGGGAGUGAACCAGUGGAUGGAAGAUCUCUCUCUCUCUCCCUCUGUCACUCUGCCUUUCAAAUAAAUCUUAACAAAUAAAUGAAGUGCCAACAG